AAUAUAUAUAACAACAUUCCAAAUGUUAUUUUAGACAUAUCGAGUCCAAUUGCGGCACGAUUCCACUGUUUUAAUCUGUUUACGUCAGUUUCCAAUGUGCGACUUUUAUUUGGAAGGAGAAUCGCAGAUUCGCACUAUUGUUUCUCACAACACACACAUGUGGCUGCGGAGACCGGAUCCUUCAUAUGAGUUAUCAAGAGGUCAGGGACGGCUAGGUUGCUGGUUCAAGCUUCAAGUGAGUCCGUGUAUGGGCCUGUGUUAGUGUCCCAAUAGGAUGUCCCGUCAUGAAGGUGUGAGCUGCGACGCGUGUUUGAAAGGUAACUUUCGGGGGCAGCGGUACAAGUGUUUAAUUUGCUACGACUACGACCUGUGUGCCUCGUGCUACGAGGGCGGAGCCACGACCACCAGACACACGGCAGAGCACGCCGUGCAGUGUAUACUAACCAGGGUCGACUACGACCUGUAUUAUGGGGGAGAGUCCUUCUCGGUGGAGCAGCCCCAGGCUUUCACCUGUCCCUACUGUGGCAGGAUGGGCUACACAGAGACUUCUCUACAGGAGCACGUGACUGCAGAGCACACAGAGACCUCCUCAGAGGUGAUCUGUCCCAUAUGUGCUGUGCUGCCUGGCGGAGACCCUAAUCACGUGACGGACGACUUCGCUGCUCAUCUCACACUUGAACACAGAGCACCCAGAGACUUGGAUGAGUCGAGCGGUGUGCGGCACGUGCGUAGGAUGAUCCACCCGGGUCGGGGUCUUGGGGGGCAGAGGGCCCGUCGAUCCAACAUGCACUUCACCUCGUCAACCUCUGGGGGGAGCUCUACCACACAGACCUCUACACAGAGCUCCAACUACAACAGGGAGGCCAUGGAUCCUAUAGGGGAGCUGCUGUCCCAGUUGUCAGGGGUGCGUAGGUCGGCGGGCAGCCAGCUGAGUUCAGGUCCUUCAGCCUCCCAGCUACAGCAGCUCCAGAUGCAGCUCCAGGUGGAUUGGCAGCAGACCCAGGCUACCAGGCAGCAGUUGGAGACGGCCCGGGGCACCUCGCAACGCGGCAGCCGCACCUCCAACUUCGCAGGGAAUCACAACGCCAACCCUGGCGCCAACUUCUUCAACAACCUUAGUCCCAACCCGGAGCAGCAGGAGCCCAACACACAGAGCAGCACCUCCCAGUUCCUUCUCAACAGACUGAGUGAGCCGAGGUUGUCAGAAGCAGAACACCAGCUAUGUGAGGGCCAGUGGGCGGACCGCUCUCUCUUCGUCACGGAGCUCCUCCUCUCCACCCUGCUGGCCAAUCCCGACCACAGCGAAGACGACGACGACGACGAUCUCCGUGACUACCACGAUGCCGUGACGCGAGGCUCGGAUGCCUUCGCCGCCUUCGAAGAUAUGGCCUGCGUGGGGGUCAUGACCCUAGACGUGGCUCUGCAGAACCUCAACCUCCGAGAACUGAAGAACGAGCAGCAUCCCCCGGCGUUGCCGUAGCCACCACCAAAGUUGUGUGGGGGGGGGGGGGUCUAGAUUGUCAUCUCAUCUGUCACCCCCCACCACAUUCUAUUACAAUGUGUACAUUUUUUUAUUUUUUUAUUUUACCUUUAUUUUACCAGGCAAGUCAGUUAAGAACACAUUCUUAUUUUCAAUGACGGCCUAGGAACAGUGGGUUAACUGCCUGUUCAGGGGCAGAACGACAGAUUUGUACCUUGUCAGCUCGGGGGUUUGAACUCACAACCUUCCGGUUACUAGUCCAACGCUCUAACCACUAGGCUACCCUGCCGCCCCACAUGACAGGACACAGAAUGUGAACGUGAGAGAGCGAGUGUUGUGAGGAAAUUGAACAAUUUAUAAUGCAUCUAUAUAAAUGUUUAUGAAUGAAAGCGGAUAAUCAACACCACAUGAAGACGUGUUUGACUGCUUGGCCCCCAGCAGGUGAACGUAGGUCAGAUAGAUGGGUAGGUAUAGCAGCUUGAUCAUUUAUUAUCAUAGAGUCGUCCACAGACACACAAGAGGACAGACAGACAGUGGGAAGAUCUCAAUUGCCCCCUAUCCCUUAAAACCCAGUGGGUUUUGAGGAGACGUCUUCCCAGAUUCUCUCCUCCUACGCCUCCUGGAUAUUUAUGAAAACCUACUUUGAUGGUUUGCCACAACAAACGUUGGCACGUCCAGAUUGUUCACCACUGUGCUCCCUCUUCUCAACUACAGUCACUGUUACAUAUUAAACUGCUAUCACAAAUCGGGGAGUCGGGUAUCAUCGCAGAGAUGUUUUAACUCCUAUAGGAUAGCAUAUGUGUGUUCGGUCUAUGGCUAAUCUUCCUAACCUGCUCUGUCAAUUAUAGGGGGGUGUUUUUAAUUUACAUUUUUAGGUCUACACAAAUGAUUCACUUCUCAGAGACUGUUGAUUGGUUUAGUUCCUACCAUGUGACCUCCUGCUUUAUGCCAACUGACCUGUGGCUCAGUUUUUUUGAGUUGCAUAUCCAGAGAGAAGCUUUAUACAGUAUGCAUAACACUACAUAAAGGAGGUAAUUAGACAUGUUACACAGGAGGACCAUAGACGAUCCACAAGACUGGUAUAAAAAGGGAUUGGUUUUUAUUUUCUUCUAAAAGGCAGGUCUGAAUGUAGGUGUUUGCUAUAGAAUCACUUUUAGCUUUUACAUCACGAUGGUUGAUUUAUAUGGACAGACAUGGGGGAGGGGGCUGAUCCUAGAUCAGUACUUUAUGACACCGACACUCUCCUGCCAGUUUACGUAGUGCCCCCCCCCCCCCCCCCCCCCCCCCCCCCCCCCCCUGACUGACAGUAUUCCUCAAUUGCAGAGAUGCUAAUCUGACAGAGUGACUGGAGAGAGUCUCUCUCUGUCUCUCCGUCUCUCCGUCUCUCUCUGUCUGUCUCUCUCUGUCUCUCUCUUUGUCUCUCUGUCUCUCUCUCUGUCUCUCUCUCUCUGUCUCUCUCUCUCUCCAUCUCUCUCUGUCUCUCUCUCUCUGUCUCUCUCUCUGUCUCUCUCUCUGUCUCUCUCUCAGAUGACCCUUUGCCUCCAAUGCCUUUAACAAAUGCAAUGUAUGAUUACAUGUUUUUGGUGUUUUGGAAAACGCGAAUUAAAAAGAAAAAAAAAAACAGGGUAAACUGUUCAACUUGGGGAGGACAAUAAAAUUAGUUUUGGAUGUAAAAUGAACUACACCA